AUGCAGCUCGGAGAGGUUAGCAGGAUCUCAGAUCCAUUGGCAACUGAGUGGUAUUUGGUGGGGCAGGGCCUGCAAGUGCUGCUGGCCUAUCGCAUCCUGAGCGAUGAGGAGCGGCGCAAAGCUUUUGACGACACUGGCGAGGAUGACGCCGCUGCAGAGGUGGAGAACGAGCGGAAGGUGAGGCUGCCGGGCUUGGAAAUCCUGCGCCCGGCGGUGGAGAAUCACAGGGAGCUGUACUGGGAGCGUGACAUGGAGCGCCUCGCCGGGCAGCUGGGCACUGUGCAGUGCGAUGACCCAGAGACCGGCAUGACCGCCGAAGUGGUCAUUUGGGUAUCUGACGAGGAAGGCUAUGCCGCUUGGCUGCCCACCGAAGUGCUCACCUAUGUGAUCCUUGGUGCUCGCAAAAUCGCGGCGGCGCGGAAUCCCGAUGGCGAGGAACAGCCCUACGAGUUCUACCAACGCGCCUUGGUGCGGCUGAACAAGGGGGCGCUUUUCAAGCCGGAAUCCUUCGAGAAGCAGUCAGCUCGCACUAUUCAAUACACCUUGGGCUGGGCAGGUGUAGACAAUGGCCCCAUGAUGAAGCCCGAUCCGCUUCGUGAUGCCGCCUUCGCUCAGGUCUUCUUCAAAAAAGGUCGGGAUGCCGAUGACUCGGGUGUGCUGCUGGACCUUGGCUGCCAACACGGCGAGAGCAGCCGCAUGGAUCUCAACUCCAGCGCCCUGUACCAAGCACGCUUGGACGAGUGUGAAGAUGAGCAGAUCGGCCCGGAGCAGGGCCUCUUCCUCCUCCGAGGUGAUGCGCAAGAGCUGCCCUUCCGAGACCAGCAGAUCGACUAUGUCUGGUGGUCCUUCGGCUGGGAGGAAGUGGAACGGCCUGAGGAGGUCCUCAAAGGGAUCUAUCGGAUCCUGAAGGUGGGCGGCAGGGUGGCCAUCGCCACAUCCUUGGGAAAGCCACAGGCCAAGGAGAGGAGUUGCACAGAGUUUCCAGAUGUUCGCAGACAUCAUGUCGAAGAUGGUGACACUGGGGUUUUCUGCCGCUUGGUGUUCAGUCAGUGGAACCUCACUUUGGUGGCCGGCCCUUUAAAGAUCAAGAUGAUCAAGCUAUUCAAGCUCACAUACUCUGAGACGUUCGAGGACAUGUAUUGCUCGGGCUGGAACAUGGCAGCAGUGCUUUUGGAGGUGAGGCACCAUGGAGAGACGAGCAUCUUCAAGCAGAGGCGAGCAACUCAGGCCUCCUACGGCUUCUCAGAGGAGUAUGUGGCAGUGGCGAUGGCCAGUGAGAAUGAUCCGGCAGGACUGUAUUCAGCAGUGGCACGGGGGGCACGCAUCUUGGAAUUGAAGCGGCCAAGCGGCCAGAAUCAACAUCGUACCGCGCCCUCGGCCAUGAGGGGGCGCUCGCAGGAGCUACUUCUUCAGCGCCUGCUGGCUUCGCCGGCCUGGCGACCAAGUCUUCAAGGAAGGCAAGAGGCCAACGAUCUUCCAAUACGUUCUGAGCAAAUGAGAGGAUUUGACUUCGAGGCGCUGCGCAACACAAGGGAGAGGCUCGAGGAAGAUGCCGCGAACGAUCCCGACUUGGGCAUCCAGCCGGCCCUACGAAACCUGCGUUGGGCUGCGUUGAGCAGCCAGUUCACCAGCCUGCUGCCUGAAUCAGGCCACGCAACCAUUGAUAUUUGGGUGCAGCAUGGCGCCUCAGCUACUUUGCGCGCGGCCAAGCCACCUUCGAAGCAGCUGCGGUUGGAAAGUUCCUAUGAACACAUUAAAACUGAGCUGUUGGGCCUUUUGAAUUGGACCUCUGUGGGCCAACGGGCGGAGCACGACGGUGCUUUGAUCGCUGCGGGCGACUGGCAAGAGGUGGUGCUGCUGGGCGACGCCGAGGACGCUCUGCCGAAUCGCCAGCGCUGUCCGGCCACCAGCCGUGCCUUAAAUGCGAGGCCAGAGGUCACGGAGUGUGUGAGAGCGGGGGUUGGAGAGGCUCUCUUCAGCUGCCUCAAGCCCCACACGAAGCUGUGGACGCAUUGUGGACCGACCAACGUGAGGCUCACCUGCCACUUGGGUCUCAUCAUCCCACCGCAAUGCUCCAUCACGGCGGGCGACGCGCCACCACGCCAUUGGACCGAGGGGAAAUGCCUGGUCUUUGACGACUCUUUUGAGCAUUCGGUGGAGAACAACUCUGAAGAGAGCCGCUUUAUUCUCUUGGUGAAUUUCUUUCACCCCGACCUCCCGCCUGAUCGCUGGCGGGACUUUGGUGAUCAGGGUGCAUGA